ACUGGCUGGUGUGGUGGAUGCCCUGCUUGUCCCUCACAUAGUCCUGAUUGUGGAGAGCUCUGACCAGGGGGAGGCCUUUAAACGUAACACGCCGGACCAGGGGGGAGGCCUUUUAACCUGACACACCGGACCAUGGACAGGAAGAGGAAAUGGGUGCUGAGCAGCGGUGCUUUGCUGGUGAUAUUCCUUGGUCACAUGACCACAGCCUUAGAAGUGCCUCUUGACCCUAAGGUUCUGGAAGGAUUACCACAGCCCCCCACUAUAACCCACCAAUCCCCUAAGGAUUUCAUCAUCGACCCUCGGGAGAACAUCCUCAUCUACUGUGAGGCCAAAGGGAAGCCGCAUCCCAGCUUUUCCUGGACACGGAAUGGGACGCAUUUUGACGUGGAGAAGGACUCUAAGGUGUUGAUGAAGCCGAGCUCAGGGACGCUGGUCAUAGACAUCAGUGGGGAGAAGGCUGAGGCCUACGAGGGGGUCUACCAGUGUACCGCACGCAACGAGCGCGGGACAGCUGUUUCCAACAACAUCAUCAUCAGACAGUCCAGGUCCCCCUUGUGGUCGAAGGAGAGGAACGAGGCAAUCAUGGUGCAGGUGGGGGUGUCUCUGGUCCUGCGGUGCCGACCCCCUGCAGGCCUGCCUCCUCCUAUUAUCUUCUGGAUGGACAACAACUUCCAGCGCCUACCUCAGAACACACGUGUGUCCCAGGCGUUAAACGGGGACCUGUACUUCUCUAACGUCCUAUUGGAUGACACCAGGAACGACUACAUCUGUUAUGCCCGCUUCCCCCACACACAGACCAUUCAGCAGAAACAACCCAUCACUGUCAAAGUCCUGGACAUGGAUGCAAUCAAUGAAACUGUGGCAGCUAUGUACAAUUAUACGAACGAUUUAUUUGUUGACAGUCCAUCGGGGGAGCGGCGACCCAGCUUCAUGGCUCCUCUUGGGAAGAGCAGCACCCAGAUGGCCCUGAGAGGAGGGGUUCUGGAGCUGGAGUGUAUCGCUGAAGGACUCCCGACUCCGGAGGUGUCCUGGUAUAAGGAGAGUGGCGACCUUCCUAGCAGCCGGAUGUCCUUCCACAACUUCCAGAAGACGUUGAAGAUCGCAGACGUGAUGGAGGCGGACGCUGGGGACUACCGCUGCACUGCCAAGAACAGCCUAGGCUCCGCCCACCACAUCAUCAAAGUCAACGUCAAAGCGGCUCCAUUCUGGAUCAGUGCCCCCAGGAACCUGAUACUGGCCCCCAUGGAGACGGGCAUCCUCACCUGCAGGGUCAAUGGAGACCCCAAGCCCAAAAUCACAUGGUCCGUCAACGGAGUCCCCAUCGAAAACUCUCCGAAGGACGUGAGUCGGAAGGUGGAGGACGACACAGUGAUUCUGAGCGACGUCCAGACCGGCUCCAGCGCUGUCUACCAGUGCAACGCCUCCAAUGAGUUUGGCUACCUGCUGGCUAAUGCUUUUGUCAAUGUGCUUGCCGAAGCACCAAGGGUGCUGACUCCCCCCAACAACGUGUACCAGGUCAUCACCAACAAUCCUGCUUUACUGGACUGUGCCUCGUUCGGCUCACCCAUACCAACCAUCACAUGGUUUAAGGACAGCCAGACCAGUAUCCUGAAUAGAGACCCAUAUAUGAUCCAUAAUAACGGUACCUUAGAGAUCAACGUAGCCCAGCCCCUGAACAGUGGCAAGUACACCUGUAUAGCCUCCAACAACCUGGGAACCAAGGAGAACCAUGUCUACCUAGAAGUCAAAGAGCCGACGAGGAUCCUGGCCCAGCCAGAGUACAUGGUGGUCCAGAGGAACAGGAAGGCAGUGUUUGAGUGUAAAGUAAAACACGACCCCACCCUCAUCCCCACCAUGACCUGGCUCAAAGACAACGGAGAGCUGCCUGACGACGAGAGGUUCGUGGUGGACACUGACAGUCUGACCAUCAAAGACGUGACAGAGGAGGACGAGGGAACCUACACCUGUGUCAUGAACACCACCCUGGACCAGGACUCAGCUAGCGCCAUGCUCACUGUCGUUGAGGCUACUCCAACUCCUGCUAUUGUCUACGAGGAACCGGACCCUCCUACAGACCUGGAGCUGACUGACCAGAGAGAUAGGAGCGUCCAGCUCACCUGGAUACCUGGAGACGAACACAACAGCCCUACACAGAAGUUCCUGGUCCAGUAUGAGGAUCUGCUCCACCAGGCUGGGGUGUGGCACAACCUGACAGAGGUGGAGGGCACCAAGACCACGGCCCACCUGGACCUGUCCCCCUACGUCUACUACUCCUUCAGGGUGCUGGCCAUGAACCAUGUGGGCCACAGCCAGCCCAGCCAGCCCUCCAGGCAGUACAGGACCAACCCUGCAGCUCCAGCUGAGAAUCCAACAGAUGUCCAAGGUGUUGGAACUGAACAUAAUAACUUAGUCAUCUCAUGGAAGGAGCUGACAGGCCUCCAGUCCAACGGGCCAGGACUACAGUACAAGGUGAACUGGAGACAGAAGGUUGUGGAGGAGGACUGGUCUUCUGAGACCGUGGCAAAUGCCUCCAAGUAUGUGGUGUCAGGCACGCCCACUUUCGUACCCUACGAGGUCAAAGUUCAGGCGGUGAACGACUAUGGAAACGGACCAGCGCCUGAGACAGUGGUGGGAUACUCUGGAGAGGACGUGCCCAUGUCAGCCCCAGAGAGUGUCCAGGUGCUGGUUCAGAACGGGACGCUAGCAGAGGUUCACUGGGAGCCUGUCCUCACCCCCAUGGUCAGAGGAGGACUACAGGGUUACAAGGUGACCUACUGGCGUGAACGUAGCCUCCACCAGGCAGAGGGACAGCAGGGGGAGCAGCAGGUGUUGGCCUUCAGUGGGAACAGGAGUGAGGGCAGACUACCAGGCCUCCAACCAUACAGCCUCUACACACUCAACAUCAGGGUGGUCAACGGCAAGGGAGAGGGGCCCCCCAGCCCCAACCAGAACUUUGAGACCCCAGAGGGAAUCCCCGGUCCUCCUUCCUUCCUGCGUAUAAAGAACCCCAACAUGGACUCUUUGACGCUGGAGUGGGGUCCUCCACAGGACAACAAUGGCCGUCUCACCGGAUACACACUGAAAUACCAGCCAGUCAACAACUCCAAUGAGCUUGGUCCCAUGGAGGAGAUGACGUUCCCAGCCAAUGAGACCACCAUAACCCUGGCCAACCUCAAGUACAGCACCCGCUACAAGUUUUACUUCAACGCUAAGACCAUCAAGGGCUCCGGCCCAACCAUCACAGAGGAGGCUGUCACUAUCAUGGAUGAAGCCUUUAUACAGCAACCCAUAGUAGAUGUGGUCAAAGGCCACACAGAACCCCAUCAUCCAAUCUCUCCCAUCACUCAGUCUCUGCGCCCCCCGUUUCACAAGGUGGGUCCGAUAGGCCCGGCGUUCACCAAUGUAAACUCAUCUGUGGUGGGAGAGGAGGGAGCAGUGAUAAGUUGGGAAUACUUUGGACCAGAUAAGAAUGUGUAUGUGGAGUAUAUUGUAGAAAACAGUAAAGAAGACUGGACAAAAGAGUUUGUAAACGGCAGUAGCGGGUCUCAGACCUAUCUGAUAAAGGGCUUAAAGCCGGGGACGUCCUAUAGGGUUCGGGUGGUAGUUAAAGACCAUUCUGAGGCUACCAUACACAGUACAGAGGAGCUAGUGAUAACGCUGCCAGAAGCAAUGAAAAGCAACCAGGUAGACCUAGCCACUCAGGGCUGGUUCAUAGGGCUGAUGUGUGCCAUCGCACUCCUCAUCCUCGUCCUCCUCAUCGUCUGCUUCAUCAAGAGGAACAAGGGAGGGAAAUACCCAGUGAAAGAAAAAGAGGACGCUCACCAAGACCCAGAGAUCCAGCCUAUGAAGGAGGAUGAUGGGACGUUUGGAGAGUACAGUGACACGGAGGACCACAAGCCUCUGAAGGGCAGCCGGACGCCGUCCAACGGCACGGUGAAGAGAGACGACAGUGAUGACAGCCUGGUGGACUACGGCGAGGGAGGGGACGGCCAGUUCAACGAGGACGGAUCCUUCAUCGGCCAGUACAGCGGCAAGAAGGAGAAAGAUACACACGAGGGCAACGAGAGCUCCGAGGCCCCCUCGCCGGUCAACGCUAUGAACUCCUUUGUCUAGUUAGAUAGAUAGUGACCGAUAGCUGACGGCGAUGCCAUGACGACCGGCUGCCAUGGAAACCUUCGCAAUGGUGACCUGACCUGUCACCAUGGAGACCAGUCACCAUAAGGACGUGUCACCAUGGAGACUCAUCACCGUGGAGACCUGUCACCGUGGCCACCCGUCACCAUGGCUACUUCUGUCACACCCUGUCAUCUCUCCACAGCCUGCCCGUCCUGCCAACUCCCCACCCCCCAUCACACUGUGACUACUCUCACCACCCUCACUAUCACAUGUUGAGACCAACAAACAACCAAACAGAAGAGACAUGAAAAGAAGAAGAAGAACCUUAGAACCAUUUGAAAAAGUAGAAGGAGGGAUGUAGGAGCCCAGAAACAGAGAGAGAGAUAGAUGGAGAGAUGGAGGACAAGCAGGAAGCGGAGGAAUGUAUUCCAGGAGCAGACUGGGUUGGUUCUCAUCACCCAGACUGGUCCACAAAGAGCUGGAGAGGGCAUGUGUGUGUUAGUGCCGUUUUAUCUUUUGCAAACGUAUAUAUGAUGACAUAUAUAGAUCAUUGUCUUUUUGAAAACAAUUAUACACGUUAGAAUAUAUAUUUUCUCAACAUGCCAUUAUAUACAUUCAUCUGCUUCUGAUUAAUAUACUGCAUGGAAUUAAUGAUAUUCUAAACCAUCACACAUGGAAUCAUUACUAGUGUCUGGCGUGGAAGCAGAGAUUCACGUUGACUGACUGUCGGCGAUGACGCGGUGCUCACCUUAAACUACUGCUUAUGCCUUUUAUCACCUUACCUUUCUAUCUUCAAAAGAGUUCUAGUGGUAUUAUGAUACGGGAAAACAAUGGCAUCAUCAAUGUCUUUGUGGACAUUGCUGUGAAAAGUGUGACUCGGUGUAAAUGCUAUUGUGAUAUGUCUUUUUUGCAAGACAGGAGGUGUUUGUAUGUAUACUGUAAUAGCAGAUCUAUGGACUGGAUGGUCAGGUAUAACACAUUUAUAGUUUGUAACUCUUGAUAAUCAAUUCAGAAUAACUCUGACAGUCCUAGCCGCUCUCCAACGAUCCCACACUCACACAGACGUUGCAGUUUGUCUUCCUUUUGUUUUUCAAUUCUUGUUGUUGUUUAGUUGUUGUUGUUUAGUUGUCUUCCUUUCCACCAGACACAUGGUCUUGUUGCAGUGGCACUACUAUCCAUCAUGGAGAUUGGAACAGACCCAUCGUUCAUAUAGCUUCACCACACACUCAGCUGAGACUGCAUACAGCCUCUCUGAUCAUGGAACAAACAUUGAUCAACAUGUUGCCCUUUUCUAUAACAUGGCCACCACCCAGCAUAGUUCAACAGCAUUGCAUUUCCACUCUCCUGCCUUGUGUGCUGAACAUGGAGGGAGAGAGAGAGAGAGAGAGAGAGAGAGAGAGAGAGAGAGAGAGAGAGAGAGAGAGA